AUGGCGAACAUGGUAAUAUUUUUACAGAUCCUGGCAACUUUGACGCUCCCAAAAAAUGCUCCUUUACCAGAGCAGCAGGUUAUUUAUGAUCGGGAAAAUAAUACCAAGCUGGUUAUUUCUUACGAGUCUGAUGACGAUGGUGAAAUCUACAUGGAAACGCGAGAAUAUACCAUCGAAAAGGUUCGAGUGUCUUCUGCUGUGGCAAAGCGUAAGGCCUGGAAGAAAUUUGGUGAAUCUGCUGAGGAUCCGCCAGGGCCUAACCCCGCCAACACCUACCCCGGUGAAAUAGUCAACAUUCAAUACCUCGAGAACAAACUAGCGGAGACCGCGGGGAAGGCGUUGGCUGAGGAGGAGGCAGCAAAGUUGACCGCCAAACCAAAACAAGCGGUCACCUGUCGUACCUGCAAAGGCGCGCACUUUUCCCACCAGUGUCCCUUCCGCAGUGAAAUGGAAGCUCUACGCUCCUUCAUUGACUCCACCAGUGGUCCCGGUGGUCAGGGUCCUGAUCCUGCGGCCGCACAAGAAAUCGCUCCAGAACUCAAUUCCGGACGCUACAUUCCUCCAACGUUACGUGCUGCUGCCGCUGCGGCUAAUGGCGUUGUGCCCGGGGCGACGACUGAGCGCCGGCGUCUUGAGGGUUACUCCAUUCGCGUUGCAAAUCUCCCGGAGAAUACGCGCGAAACCGAUCUUCGAGAGAUCUUUGGGUGUUUCGGUGAAAUAAUCCGCAUCUACCCCGCUAGGGAUAGGCGCACUCAACUCAACAGAGGUUUUGCCUACAUCUCAUACGCGAAAUGUGAGGACGCGGCUACAGCCAUGUACUUUGCCAGAGGCAUGCACUACGGUCACAUGAUCCUGAAUGUCGACUGGGCACAGCCGUUGAACAAUUGA